UGUUUGCAAUACUGAUCAAACCAACCAGCAAACAGUCCGCAAAGAAAAUGAUUAUUGUGUUUAGAAUUUAAAUUAACAAAGGCGAAACAAUAAUGCACCUCGUCGUGGCGAGUUGCCAGUGGAUUAUUACGCGCAAGACCAGUCAACUUUUGUGUAUCCCGAAGAAAUUUAAGUCAUAUAUCCAUAUAUACUAGGAAUUUUAAACUAGCUACUCUCAUGAAAGGCAUUGUAAAACCCUGCAAUGCAUUAGCAGUGCUGAUUAGAGCAUAACAAGCCAGCGGUGCUUUUCGAACAACCAAACAUUGCGUUUUUGGCUUCACCGUGCACCAGACUCUUUGUAUUUCGGAUAUUUCUUUAGGAAUCUUCAAACAUGUCUCUGACAUUAACUGUGACCGAGUGCUACAGCUAUAUCAUCUCACUGAAGAAAUAUUUCAACAAAUUCAAGAUGGGAUUUUAACUUUUAUUGAAUCGUUGGAAUAAGGAAUAAUUAGUGAUUUUCAUUUUUGUUUGUGUGUGGGUUUUUUUCUAUCUACGUAGAUAAUAUACAUAUAUUUUCUUAAAAUUCUUGAGGAAGAAAUUCGGCACCAUGGGUAACGGACUGUGUGUGGAGACGGGCAGUUCCAUGACGGUCUUUGACUGGCUGGAUCAUGUUUUGGGUACAGUUCAAGCGCAAGUGGGACUACGUACUAUCUACGACGACGAUUUCAUUGACAGACUCAACCAUUACUAUACGGUUAUAUUAUUGAUAAUAUUUACAGUCAUAGUAAGUACGAACCAGUAUGUAGGCGACCCCAUAGAAUGUUGGUGUCCGACAGAGUUUACGGAAAAUCGCGUGGACUACACAAAUUUCGUGUGCUGGGUCAGUAAUACCUACUAUAUUCCAAUGCAGAAUCAAAUUCCGGUGAAUGUCGACCACCGCCGACAGAAAGAACUGACAUAUUAUCAGUGGGUUCCAAUCAUUCUUCUUAUCCUUGCUCUGCUUUUUAAGAUUCCGAGGAUGGUGUGGAAGGUUCUGUCGGCCUCCAGUGGUAUCAGCAUGGAUAAGCUAGGAAAUCUAGCAAAGGAAACACAGUACGUGUCCCCAGAGGACAGAGAGAAAAAGUUAAACCAUAUCGUGAAGUACAUCGACCAGUGGCUGAGUGGUAUACAACCUUUUCGAGCUGGUAUGUGCGUUCGAUUACGAGAGCGUGCGAGUAAAAUUGCCUGCUGCUUCUGUGGUCGUCAUUACGGAAAUUACUUGGUCUCAUGCGUUCUACUGAUAAAAGUACUGUAUCUGGUAAACGCUAUAUCACAAUUGUAUAUGCUCAACGCUUUUCUCGGGACAGACUACAGUGUUUAUGGUAUCGAGGUUCUGACGUCACUAUACAACGGGGAAGACUGGACAUAUUCUCCAAGAUUUCCUCGCGUGACUUUAUGCGAUUUCGAAAUCCGCCAAAUGACAAACUUACAGCGAUGGACAGUUCAAUGCGUUCUGCCUAUCAACCUCUUCAAUGAGAAAAUCUUUAUCUUCCUUUGGUUUUGGCAUGUCUUUCUAGCCUUCCUUAGUGCUUUUAGCUUAGUUGUAAGUGCUUAUGCGUUCAUGUUCCCGCAGCAUCGGAAGUCGUACAUCCGGAAGUACCUUCUUCUCAACAAACUGUACAAAACAGGCAAAGUGGGAAGCGAAAGAAGUAAGAAAGUCGCUCGUCGAUUCGUGGACAAUUACUUACGCCAAGAUGGAUGUUACGUGCUCCGUGUGUUCAGUAACAAUGCUAAUGACGUCAUUACUUCUGAAAUAAUCAAAUACCUCUAUUUGAAUUACAUAAGAGAAAAAGAACAUAAAGAAGUGGACAGCAAUGGCUUGUUAGAAGAGAACCAAAAGUAGCUUUCAGGUUGAAGAUUAAUUAAAUGUUGAAGGAGGUCCAAAAAUAGACGUGUUAAAUCUUGAAACAUGCGUGUUGCCAAAUACUUUUCUCAUUACCAAAGACGAAUAUUUCCUAGCAAGCACUUUAUUGAUCAACCGUUGUCCGAGCUUGGCUCUUAGAGGUUGUGGUAGCACUGGGCGACCAAGAUUUGGAAAAGAAGGAGUGUACAGGAAAAAAGCUAACUUGAUGCAAAUCAACGUCUUUCAGCGUUUUGAUAACCAAUGAUACUGAAAAUUUUAUGAACAUCACAACUUAACACAGAGGUGUUUAAUAGAAAUGAUCUCUCCCACCCUAUAAUGCGUGUUUUGUGUUUUCUUGUUUGUUGUUUGUAACUCGUUAAACACUUUUUGUUUGCUUUGUGUUUUGUUUUUGUCAGGUCAUUCCAAGUUUAACGGCACCCCUAAUAUUCUGUAUCUGUGAUAAACAUUUUUGUAGAUAAACUAUUUAUUUUGCAGGACGGCAUAGAUCCAUUCUUCAAGCACUGUAUGUACACUUUUUGACAAUCACUAGUUUUCUAAAAUCACAUUAAUUAUGUCAAGUCAUGGUACACAAUGUUUAUAUUGCCUGAAUAUCAGUAUUUUGUUUUUGAUGGACAUAAGAAUUGUAUUUUUUACUUAAGACCGUAACAAUGUAUUACUCACAGCCUCAUUGGAAACAUAUUAUUUUUAGGUGGGUGUACACCCACUUUUAAAUAUUCUGUAAAUUGUGUUCGCACAUUCAGAAACUUUUUUGUUCUUUUAACGAUGAUCCGUUCUUUGGCAGAGAUUAGAGAUUGGUCACAAAAUCUGGUUAACCAGGCCUUGAUCACGAUAACUUUGGCACUCAGCUGUGUCUAAGGUGGCAUUAAGUUGUCCCUAAUAGGUUUUGUCUACCAUUUUAAUUUGUAUUUUAAGAUUUUGCAAGAUAAUUGGCAAGAAGAUGAAUUACAUGAAUUACCAAAGUGAUAUGUGGUAGAUUUUGUACAUUGUUUUAUUAACUAUUGUGAUUUUGAUGAGGAAAAUGUUAUAGAAAAGAUCUAUUACAGACCUUUAACAUUAUUUAGAGCUGUUCUAUUGUUCUAUUAUAUAAUGUGGGUUUUUUUAUCCUAUGUAAAUAUUUUUAUGACUGUUUAUUUUGUAUCAACUUCACAUGCCAAAAUUUUUGAUUUGUAUUCUAGCUGAAAAAAGGAAAAAAACUUUGAAAUGCUUUUAACAUUUUGAUCAUUCAGUUUUAGUUAUUUUUCAUUAGAAAAUAGAAACCUUGCAGCAGAUAUUGCUUCAUUAGCACAGUUUAUUACUUACGCAACGUAUCAUUUACAUAAUUCUAAUAUAUCGUGUUUGUCUUUAAUGAAUACAAGCGACAUGGCUGUGUUUUCAAACUCAAACGAAAAAAUGAUGGUGAAGUUGUGUUAUUUUUAUACGAAA